AAUAAAAAGCUUAUUAUCUCUUCUUACAUUUUCCUCCUAAAAAAAAAAUAAAAAUCUCUUCACAUGGGUGGAUUCCUUGGAAGUGUAAUGCUGUAAAAAUAUGUUCUUGGCGUCUACCCCCCAUCAAGUUUCUUUUUUGAUGAUUGAUGCCACCCAUUUGAAAAAAGUAAUGAUAAUAAUUGAGGACUGAUGGCUAUAGAGACGAUGCAGAACAGAUUUUAUUCAAUUUCCAAAUCUUUAUCGUCAGUGCAGACGUCACAGCUAGGGGAGCUGAAGCCAUGAUCAUUAAAUAAGGCCCACGGAGCUAUCAUAUCCUUAUCCCCCACCCUCAGUGCCUGAUUAUCCCUCAACCAAUCUAUUGUUAAUUCCUCGGCAGCCGAUCGACUGUUAAACAGCAACGUCGGUUAUGGCUGAUUACCGCCAUCAUGGCCAAGGACAUCAUUUUCUAAUGGUGACAAUCGCCAUCCAAGGUCAGAUCAAUCCCGCCCGUCACCUUGCUCGCCGCCUCGCCCGAAUAGCUGCAGCUCGUGUUACCCUCGCCACUCCUCUCUCCUCCCACCGCCGCCUAUUUCCCGGAUCCCUCGCAGCCGCCGGCGAGCCGGAUGAUGCAGCGGAGGAGGCACCUCUCAAUCUCGACGGCUCCGGAGUUGUCGCCUACGCACCGUACUCUGACGGCUUUGAUGAUGGGAUUCACAUGGAAGCCGUCGACCCCGGUCACUUCAUGGAAACACUCAAGUCUCAUGGCCCUCGCACACUUGCCGCCCUGGUGCACAACCUCACCGUUGGGGGCCGCCCAGUGACUUGCUUGUUGCACACCAUCUUACUUACUUGGGCCACCGACGUUGUGCGCGAUCUUGGCAUCCCUACUGUCCACUAUUGGAUCCAACCCGCUUCAGUGUUCGCCAUCUACUACCACUACUUCCAAGGCCACAAAUGCUUCCCUUCUGCCACGGACAAAGAGAAAGACUCAUCUUACUCCGUAGAACUACCCGGGCUGCCACCUCUACGAAUGAAGGACCUACCCUCUCUCAUAUCUAUACCAAGCGCAUACCUCUCCUCCCACAAGGAGAUAUUCAUAGAACUCGCAAAGUAUGAGAAGCCUAAAGUUUUGGUGAACACGUUCUACCAACUGGAAGCAUCGGUGAUAGAUGAGACCACUGAGCUUGAAUUAAUCACAAUUGGGCCAGUAGUGGACAAGAGAUUCAUUUAUGCAACGGCAGGAAGCCGAGACCUAUUCGAGGAGGACUCAGGCGAUUACAUGGAGUGGUUGGAUGUACAAGAGGAACGAUCAGUGGUGUAUGUUGCUUUUGGCAGCUUAACACGACUGACGGGACGACAAAUCGAGGAGCUGGAUCUGGGGUUGAAGGAGAGCGGACGACCGUAUUUGUGGGUGUUGAGGAAGGACAGCAGACCAGAA